GGCCCGGGCAACAUGGCUGUGUUCCGGUCAGGCCUCCUGGUGCUGACGACGCCUCUGGCCUCCCUGACAACUCGCUUGGCGCCCAUCCUAACCUCGGCGGCCCAGCUGGUGAAGCACACGCUCUAUGUCCAUCUGCAGCCAGGCCUGAGCCUGGAAGGUCCUGCUCAGCCCGAGUCCAGCCCCGUGCAGGCCACAUUUGAAGUUCUCGAUCUCAUCACGCACCUCUACACAGGCGCUGAUGUCCACAGGCACCUCGACGUCCGAGUUCUGCUGACGAAUAUCCGAGCCAAAAGCGCCUUUCUCCCUCCCCAGUUCAGCUCAGUCCAGAAUCUGGCCCACCCGCCGGAAGUAGUGAUGACUGACUUCCAGACCGUGGAUGGCGGCCAGUACAACCCGGUCAAGCAACAGCUAGAGCGCUAUGCCACCAGCUGUUAUAGCUGUUGCCCACAACUGAGUUCGGUGUUGCUAUACCCCGAGUAUGGGCCUCGGGAGCAGUCCGUGGAGCCCCAGAGUGACCCCUCAUCUUCCACCAUCAAGCUGGCUUCCCCCACGGCCAGGUCUCCAAAGCAGCCAGUGCGUGGCUACCACCGUGGGGCUGUGGGUGGCACGUUUGACCGCCUACACAAUGCCCACAAGGUGUUGCUCAGCGUCUCAUGCAUCCUGGCCCAGGAGCGGCUUGUGGUGGGAGUAGCAGACAAAGAACUGUUAAAGAGCAAGUUGCUCCCUGAACUGCUCCAACCCUAUGCAGUGCGUGUGGAACAUCUGAGUGAGUUCCUGGUGGACAUCAAGCCCUCCUUGACUUUUGAUCUCAUUCCCCUGCUGGACCCCUAUGGGCCUGCUGGCUCUGACCCCUCCCUGGAGUUCCUGGUGGUCAGCGAGGAGACCUAUCGUGGGGGGAUGGCCGUCAACCGCUUCCGUCUUGAGAACGACCUAGAGGAGCUUGACUUGUACCAGAUCCAGCUCCUGAAGGACCCAAGCCACAUGGAAAAUGAAGAGGAUAAAGUCAGUUCCUCCAGCUUACGCCACCGAAUGCUGGGAAACCUGCUGCGGGCACCACAUAAGAGGCCACAGCUUCCCCCAAAUCUCUAUGUGAUUGGGUUGACGGGCAUUAGCGGCUCUGGGAAGAGCUCAGUAGCUCAUCGUCUGAAGGGCCUGGGGGCAUAUAUCAUCGACAGUGACCACCUUGGCCAUCGGGCUUAUGCCCCGGGUGGCCCAGCCUACCAGCCCGUGGUGGAAGCCUUUGGACCAGAUAUUCUCCAUAAAGAUGGCAUCAUCAACAGGAAGAUCCUAGGCAGCCGAGUGUUUGGGAACAAGAAGCAACUGAAGAUACUCACAGACAUCAUGUGGCCAAUUAUUGCAAAGCUGGCCCGAGAGGAGAUGGACCUGGCUGUGAGUAGGGGAAAGCAUGUGUGCGUGAUCGAUGCCGCCAUGCUUCUUGAAGCCGGCUGGCAGGACAUGGUGCAUGAGGUGUGGACCGUUGUCAUUCCUGAGACUGAGGCUAUACGGCGUAUCGUGGAGCGUGAUGGCCUAAGUGAAGCUGCGGCACAAAGCCGGCUGCAGAACCAGAUGAGUGGGCAGCAGCUUGUGGACCAGAGCCAUGUGGUGCUGAGCACACUAUGGGAGCCAGAGGUCACCCAGCACCAGGUGGAGAAAGCCUGGAACCUCCUGCAGAAGCGUAUUCCCCAGAUGCAGUCAGGCCCCUGA